AUGGAACCCUUCAAUUGGAGGCUAGAGGGCAAAGCAAUGGACUGCAAUUUACAAUUCCUGACUCCAAUUAAAGGGUUCCAUUUUUUCUGUCAAGGGGCUGUAUUUACAUCUACCCAGGAAAAUCAAACUGAGACUGAACGACAACCUUGUCAUCACACAUCUACCCAGGAACAUCAGUCAGAUGCUGAAGAAAAUGCAGACCAAAACCCGAAGAACAAAUUUGGCACAACCAACAAGGAGGAUAAACCUUUGAGUGCAAGUACCACCAGUACACCUCACAAAUACCGCCGGUACCCUCCCGGGCCCCCGGCCGCCAAAGUCUUAAUCCUCUGGGACCGCGGAGGCAACAUAGCCCAUAAGUGCAAGCCAUCAGAUCAACUGCCGGAGGGACUUGGCCAGCAGUUGAUCCUCCAGCAAGCCAUUGGAUCAACCACCGGAGGGACUUAG